AUGGCACUGGAUUUAGUCAGAAAGACCCCUCCGAUACUGAGUAGCAGUGUGGCCCUCUAUUCCCGGGCCCACAGACCUCUCACUGGGAGAAGAGGGGGAUGGGACGCGAAGGAUCGGAGGGAGAAGUGUAUUUUCCAUAAGAGCCUCUUACUGACCUGGCUCGGUAUUUGGGAAGCGGCGGUUUCGGCAGAAGCCACCGCACCACCCUGCCAAGCAGCAACUUCAGCUAAAAGCAGCGGGCAGGCGCGAGGAGGGGCCCGGGAGGAGGGCUGCGCUUCUGGGAUAUUUAAUCCCCAACCCCCUUUCUCUCUUUCCUGUUGCGUCCCAGCCCUCCGCCCCACGUUCUUCUUUCGCUGGCAUAAACUGACCCAGAGCUGCUCAGCUCUGCUCAACCCUGCCGUGAGGUGCCGUGCGCUGCGCAGCUCCGCUCAGCUCCGGGUAGCCCAGCGGCGAGGGCGCGGAGCUGGGGAGCCCCAGCCCUGCGCUCCCUUGGAUUCCGGGGCCGCUCCCCUCCUAAGCCGCAGGCGCUGCCGCCUCCGCCUCCGCCGUCUCCUCCUCGGGAGUUGCGCGCACAGAAGAGGCACCCCCCGGGACGCCCGCAGCCAGCCAGACUGUCGGCAGGGCAGACCGGUAGACGGGAGUCCCCGCAGGAGGGCGAGCGGCCGGAGGGAGUGCGCUUGGAGACCGGCCCGCAGCAUGGAUUCGGAUUCCGGAGAGCUGAGUGAGGGCGAGCCCGUCUCCGCGGCAGGCCCUGACUUAUUUAGCUCAAAGAACCUUGCCCUUCAAGCACAGAAGAAGAUUCUGAGCAAACUAGCUAGUAAAACCGUGGCCAAUAUGCUCAUCGAUGACACCAGCAGUGAGAUCUUUGAUGAGCUCUACAAAGUCACCAAAGAACACACUCACAACAAAAAGGAAGCCCACAAGAUCAUGAAAGACUUAAUUAAAGUGGCCAUCAAGAUCGGGAUCCUCUACCGAAACAAUCAGUUCAACCAAGAGGAGAUGGAGAUCGUGGAGAAACUCAGGAAGAAGCUAAAUCAGACAGCCAUGACCAUUGUGAGCUUCUAUGAGGUAGAGUACACUUUUGAUAAGAACGUGCUUUCCCAACUCCUGAAUGAGUGUAAAGACCUGGUGCACGAACUGGUAGGGAGGCACCUGACUCCCAGGACCCAUGGACGCAUCAACCAUGUCUUCAAUCACUUUGCAGAUGUGGAAUUCCUCUCUGCCCUCUAUAGUCUGGAUGGAGAGUGCCGAAUGAACCUCAAAAAGAUCUGUGAUGGAGUCAACAAAUUGCUGGAGGAAAAAAUUCUUUGAAUUUUUUCCCCUCCAUUUCCUCUUUCUGGAUUUAAAAUGACAGUCACUGAGCGUCUCUGAUGAGCAACAGCAGCAACAAUAACAACAACAAUGGAACAAAAACCCUGUGAAGUGUAUCGAUUCUCUGUCUCGUUCAUCUAGCAGAUGCUAGCUUUAUUCUGCGUCCAGGUGUACUCCCGGAGCUCCCUGAUGUGGGAUUUUUAAUGUGUGUCUGUUUGUUUGGAAAUGCUUGACAUAAAUGGCAUCUCAGAGACUCGUUAAGGAGAGUUGAUAACACAUCCCAAGUGGGGAAACUACUCUGUUGAACUACACCAAAAUCAAGGGAGACCACUGAUUCAGCUUUUCUGAGUGUGUGAGGGGUGAUCAGUUCAGGAGGGUAAGAGGGAAAGAACAAAAGAAACAAACAACUGGCUUUUAAAUGUCUUCUUCUGGGUGUGCAAGAUUUUUAAAAAUAGUAAUAAUAAUGACCUAGAAAUUUAAGGAAAUACAGCCUUCCAACACAAGAAAAUAUAUUCUCCCCAGUCCCCCCCCCCAAGCAACAACAUGAGUUAGCAUAUAGAUCAAAGACUUGCUGUGGGAAGUAAAUAUGCUUUCAUUACUUUGGGCGGGGGGGGGGGAAUAGUGGAGUUUUCUUAUUUCAAAUGUUAUAGUACUCCAUAGGGGACAAUUUCCUGAGGAUAUGUCAAUAGUCCCUAGUGAGAGGUAAUGUCCCUUCUAUAGCUGUCCCUGAGAGAUACACACAUCUCAUAUCUGUGUGUGGGUAAUCAGCUAUGGUUCAACGAAACUCUACCUGACCCAGGCGUACAACUAACAAAUAAAAGUUUAUACAGGUGAAAAUCAGGCAGGAAGAAUCCCUUUCCUUCAUUCUCGACCUUCCCAAGUUUCACAGAACCAUUUUUUGGGGGUCCAUUAAACUGAACAGCCCUUUGAACAAAGGAGGAGCUUGGGAUUAUGAUUCAGAAACAAAAGCCACCUGCCAUGAGAUGCUUCCCUAUAAUAAGAACAGUGGAAAUGACAGGAGAGAAAUCCAGAUGUCAGAACACAUGCCCCACUCUCUAUUCUCUGGAACAAGAAUGAUCAUACUGUCUCAGAUCGUGGUCCAAACCAGCCUUGUAGGCUGUCUCUGGUAGCAGUACUCGUGCAUGGAUGGAUGACUUGUGGGAGGUCAUGGUUGCAACAUCAGCCAAAACAGCAGUGGUCCAGAUGCCAACUAGUCAGACUUGAAUUGCUCCCAUUGUCAAAGUCUAUUAAACACUUCAGUGAAAAACAGCA